GCGAGUCGUGCCUCGUUGCACGCAUCAAUCGGGCGCGCGAGCGAGAGAGCGCGUCGUCGUGUCAUGCGGUUAGUGCUUCUUCGCGCGGGCGUCGCGGCUUCUCUUCUCCCGUUCUCACGCCGCAGCUACGUGUUUUCGGCGCGCUACGUCACCGCGGACGAGAUACAUAUUGUAUCGCGGAAACGGGGCCCGAUUUAAUGGGCGGGGUCGCUGGAACGAACGGGCCAUGGAGCGACCUCGACGGUGUUGAGUCGAGGUGCCAGUGGUGAGCUGCCGCGGCCAUCGCCGUCGAUAUACCCACGACGUUGUCGUCGUCGUCGUCGUCGUUUGGUUUGAGUUUUCCAACGAACACGAGCGUUGUUGCUGUAGUGUCUCACGCCGCCGCGCGACUUUAUUAAAUGGCGCGACUCCGAGCGUCAGCAUCUGAACGCCUACGACUUAUGACGUCGCUUUGACGAGGAGAGGGAUCAAGAUUUGCACGCUUUAUCUCGCCGCUCCAAAGGUACCUCCUCGGCGACCUAACGUCGAUCGAUCGGCUCGGCGAGCGAUCCUACGAGAGACGGGGACAUCCGGAGACAGCUGGCACGAUCAAGGAAUUAACAGGAGGAUCCUCGAGAAAGGGAAAAAUACCACCACUGGAUGAGAGAGACCAGAGGGAAGCUAGAGAAGGGCGAGAGAGUGCGAGAGGGAGGAAAUCCUCCGGAGCCAGCGGAGGGCGAAAACGAAGGGAAGAAUGAACGGUCCCGGGAGUCAUCAGCAUCGCGGCUUGGGCAUGCAGGGUCGUUAUAGAGCCGUGAUGUCCAAUGGCGCCUCGUCGGGUCCGCACGUGCGCGCCCCAUCGCUGCCAGCCCACCCUCGGAACGGCGGAUGGCAUCCUCAGCAUCAGCAUCAGCAGCAGCAACCGCCGCCGACGCCGCAGCAGCAACAGCAGCAGCAGCAGCAACAUCCCCAGCAAUACGCUGCCGGCAACAAGGAAUACCCGUAUCGGCAAUGCCCGCCACGAUAUCACAAUGGAGAUUGCCCCGGGGUUGGCACGUCCUCCGGACCGGCUGGCAAGGAAGUUUCCUAUCACGGGAACGUGGGUGGAUCCAGCGUGGGAUACAAGCCACCCCCGCAGCAUAGCCCGCAGACGAGGGGUCCGCCACCGCACUUCCCCCAGGAGCCCGUAGGCCCGCCGGCCAAUUCCCCUCCGUUGCGCAUCAAUAUCUGCGGACAGGAGAACGCGAUGCGCGGACCUAUAUUGAACAUGAGUCCCGGCCUUGGAGCCAGCGGAGUGGACAUGGAGUAUCGUAGAAACUCUCAAGCCACAAACCAGCUACCUCUAAGUCCCGUGCAGAUCCAACCGUCGCCCCCGUAUUACAGACAGCCUAGUCAGGACGAUGGCAGAAAAAGUGAGUCGCCGUCGAGGAAACGUCGUCGAAUAUCCCGCAACGGCGCCGUGUCCGGGAUAGAGGUUCGAGAAACGACGCCCCCGGCUCCGACGCCGCCUCUGCAUCCAACCCCACCGCCUUGGGAAUUUGCGGGCGCGCCCCAACGGCGCUCCCCACGCAAUCACAUGUCCACCCGUGGCAGUCCGACGGUUAGGAACCGUUAUCAGCGAUACACGGACUCGUUCGGGCUCUCCUAUCCGUUCCUACCGAGUCACAAUCCCCAUCAGAGUAUCCACAAUUCCCAUCACGGCCUCCACAAUUCCCAUCACAACAUCCACAGCUCCCAUCCCCACGGUCUGCACAACUCGCAUCACAAUAUCCACAAUGCCCAUCAGCCACAUCCCCAUCCGCAUCCGGCGGCUGGCGGCACGGGACAUCAUCCCGCUCAAGGUGCAAACGCGCCCGUCGUCGUCGACGUGAGCCAAGUCGGCGUGUCCGGUCUACCGGUCGCCGUCAGCGGGGAGCCCCUGUGGCAUCCGCAAGCGACGAGCUACAGAAUUCCGUGUCAACUUCAUAGUCUCUACGCACCUCAUGGAACACACCCGUUCGGACACUCGUGCCAGGUGACGCAUCAUCACAGUCACUAUUCCGCUGCUCACCCAACACAUCCGGGACAUGGUCUCGUCGGUUCCUUGGUAGGUGCUGCUUCCAGAGGAUACCCAACCCCGGCUGGCGGUCCUGUAGCAGCCCUGCAUCACACACACGCACCUCCACCACCCGUCCAUACUACCGAUUAUACCGCGCAUCAUCAACUAUCUCAGCAGAGAGAAGUCGAGCUCGAACUGAUCGAGUCCCAUCAUCAUCACCGAGUGGGCGCCGCAACUGGUGCGCCGCUACCAUUGCCGCAUUCAUAUUCUCCACCGGCCCUUACGCAGGUAACAACGCCGCCGCCUAUAUUCCUGUCGGAGACGCGAAACAGUCAAUUGGAGAUGAUGCAGAACAGAACUCGACGAGUAACGUCCAACGUUUUGCGACGACCGAGAUUCAGUAGAUGGAGAGGCACGACUCCGUUACCACCCAUGUCGUAUCCGGGAUAUCUGCUACAUUUUCUGUACGCAGCAAUGUUCAGCAAUCCACCGCUGUCUCCGUACAAUCAGGCCGAAUUAUCCUCGCCUGACUCUGUGACGGAGAAUUACGAGGCAUUGCUGUCCUUGGCCGAGAGAUUGGGCGAGGCUAAACCGCGCGGUCUGACUCGCGCGGAAGUCGAACAGUUGCCGUCUUACAAAUUCAACGCGGAGACACAUCAGGGCGACCAGACUAAUUGCGUCGUUUGCAUGUGUGAUUUCGAGGCUCUCCAAUCGCUACGCGUUCUACCGUGCUCUCACGAAUUUCAUUCCAAGUGUAUCGACAAAUGGCUUAAGUCUAACCGAACAUGUCCGAUAUGUCGCGGUGAUGCCGGAGAGUAUUUCGGAAAUAGCAGCGGCAGUAGUGACUGACGCCAAGCCGACGAUGUACACUAGCGCGAAACGUCCCAGCCAUCGAGGACACUAUCACUACCACACAUUACGGAGAUCCCGGUCGUCGCGUUGCUGCUAUUUCACGCGAAUCUCUGCUGUUAACAAAGCAUUUCCUUCUUCGGUCGCUUUCUUGGGGCGAGAGACGAAUCGUCGACAUACAAGAUUUAUUGACGAUGAAACAUUUUUUCGACCGUUGAGAAUAACGAUUCUCAAACGGGCUGAAUCACAAGUGAAAAUUGUUUCGAUAUUUACGCGAUCUCGUUGUGUGUUGAACGCAGAGAUAUCAAGAUCGAGGAACGCCCUAGCGUCUUUCUCGCUUUGGAAGAAAUACAGCGAGAGAUAUAUAUGCAAUAAAAGCAAUUUAACAAAACGACGAAAUAGCCAAGAGACGUUCCGUUAAGUUUUACGGCGCGCGCAUUUCCUAUCAAAAAGAAAGAAAAUUAUACAAGUAGGAGAUAUUUUGUUUUUGUUCAUAUAACGCUUUAAUUAAUAUUUUUAACGCUCAUUAAUUAUUCGUGUAUUCGUGCUAUUCUACAUUAUCGGAAUUAUGUACAUAAAAAAAUAACUAUACGCAGAUAUCGCAACUUUCCAUUAACGUUCCAUUUUUUAUAGUUUAUCUUUCAGUCUAGUGAUUGUAUAUACAUAUAAAUAUAUAUAUUUGCAUAAAUACCCUUAUACAUAUAUGUGUGCGCGUACAAAGCAAGUGGUAGUUUUGUUUGGACUUAACCAAAAUGUAGAACACGAAUUCUCUUUUGCAAUAAAAAAAAAUGUUUAUCGUCAGAGAGAUAAGGGAAAAAACUGUAACUUCCUACUGUUAUAUAAGCUCUUGUGUCUUUGUAGUAGACCAGCUAAUUAUUUUAUUAUAUUAUAGAAAUGUAAUAUGUAAGUAAAUUAAAAUUACUGGGCACCUUAAGUGCAGUAGGUAGAAAUUGUUGGAUUAUUGCACCGGGAUGCCACAUAACUAUUUUAUAAAAUAUCUAUAGGUUCGUGUUUAAUUCGACAUUUGUUUCUCUCUUGCGGCGAUUAAUUAAUUAAAUUAAUUAUCCAUCAUCUUUUUUGAGUGUGGAAAAAUAUGGUGGAAUGACUGUGUUGUGUUAUUUUGUACAUUUUUGUAAAAUCUGAUUUUAAGCGAUACGUUUAAAAGUACGCUACGUAAAUUUUGAAAAAAAAAGAAAAAAAAUUAUGUUAUAACCGUGAGAGAGACCCGGCACGCGCAUAAUAGCCAAGUGCACGCGAAAAAAAAAACGAAACAAAAAAAAAAGAGAACCUAA